AUGGCGUGUUUUCAACGUGAUGUGGUCGUAAGCGACAGUUCGAAUUUCUCUUGGCUCCAUAUUCUCGGUUUAGGCGCCGUCUAGCCUUGAAGAAUCGAACUCUUAGUAUGGAAAUAAUGUAAAUAUGCUUGUAGACUUUUCCAUGUAGAAGUUAUGUAGAGAAAUAAAUGAUUUUUCCGAUUUUUCUCACCAUUUUCUCAAGGAUCCUUGUUUUCUAACUUGUUUUCGCUUAACCUGCUAACUCUUCUAUAGGAAACAGGUUUCGUAGGCGUUCGCAUGAUUUCCCUUCGCUGGAUUGAAAUUCGCGCGCAGGUGGGUGGUCUUGGUCAGAAAUUCCAGAAAUUUUGAACAGAAUUCAAAAAAUGUUUAUUAUUAAAAUAGGAGAUUGUUGCUUUGCAAAGAUGCAUUGUCAUCUCAAAAAUGAAUAAACAGAGCAAAAAUUCAGAAGAAGCGCGGUAAUGCAGUAUUUUCAACCGAUAAUAUUGAGGUGAAACGAGCCACAGCACUCGCUUACGACCACAUCACGUUGAAAACACGCCAUCCCGUCCGAUCUGGCAAGUUAAGCAACGUUGAGAGCCGGUAGUACUUGGAUCGGAGACGGCUUGGGAAUACGGCUUGCCGUAAGCUUUUUUGCUGCUUUCUAGAGUUCUUCAAUUUAUUUUUUUGUCUUUGUUUUUUUACUCAUCUUUUUUUAUGAAAAAUAAUCAAAAAAAUAAGCUACCCUCAAAUUAUUCACAUCAAAAAGGAUAUCAGAAUAAAAAAAUUUUUUUUAUGUUUCAAUUAUAUUUGAUCUCAAACUCAAACUUUUUUUCCAGAUAUUCGUAACAUUUUCCAUUGCUCCAAAAACGCAGAAGAAAAACAGCUCAUCCUUGGGAAUUUUUUUGAACUCCCGAAUAUCCUGAACGCUGCUUGGACAUUUCUUCAACGGCAUUUGCGACCAAAGAAACAGUCUAAAGAUCAGUUAGCAGAAAAAAUAAAUCGUACGAAGACUAGAGUCGAUUUUAAAGAAAAAGCCAGAUCUGGAACGUCUUCUGGAGUGGGAGAAUCAGCAUAACUAUUCGAAAAAAAAUGACUGCAAGCUUUCUUCAAAAAAAAAAAAACUUGAUAGACCGCGAGAUUUUGCUCACCGCUUUACAUUUACUCGAAAAGAAUUUUUCUUCAAAAUCAGAAGAAAACUGGGACUUUUCAACUGGGGAUAUUGUGCCAAAACGAUCCACAGCACUCGCUUACGACCACAUCACGUUGAAAACACGCCAUCCCGUCCGAUCUGGCAAGUUAAGCAACGUUGAGAGCCGGUAGUACUUGGAUCGGAGACGGCUUGGGAAUUCGGCUUGCCGUAAGCUUUUUUUGCUGUUUCAAUCCCUUUUGGACAUUAAAAAAGCCGUUCAGAAAGAAAAAAAGGUCCUCCCGUCAUAGGGAUCACUCCAGUGAUCAAGUUUUCUUCUUUCAAAAAUCCAGCCACAACAGGUUGACCGCAACGAUCGGCGUGUUGGACGCAAAAGUGCAGAAAGUUGGUCAAAAAGUGGGCGGAGCUGAACUUUUCUAGACGGCCAAAUGAAUGAAAGAAAUGAUUUUUUUUGCAGAAGAAGAAGAAGGAGGAGGAGGAGGAACACCCACCCGAUGACCACUACAAAAGGCCUCCGGCACGUGACGUCGUCUUAAGCCUCUCGAUCCGACUUUUUUCUUCUGGUCAGCAGCUAAUUUUUCGUCUUUUUCCUGAUCUUUGAGUCGGCCUAAAUGCGUCUAGCCGCUGUGUUAUUGGUGUUUUUACCUGUAAGUUUUUUUUUUGAGAUUUUUUUGCUCUAGAUGAAGCUUGAUUCUGUAGAGGUGAAGCUGAUCACUAAAAAUCGAUGGUAAAAAAGUUUUUGGUUGAUUUUUCGGGUGUUUUUCGCUUUUGCUGUUCUUUCUUUAACCACCAAAAUGCUUCUAACCGCCAUCUUAUUGCUGUUUUUUUUCUGUGUCUUUUUUUUGAACAUCACUUAAACUUGAUCCUGUAGAUGAGAAGCUUAGAACUGAUAAUCGCUGAUAAAAAAUAAUUUUUUGAAUAUUUUGAGCUUUCUCAUUUUUGAAAUCUGCUGGAAAGGUUUCAAAUUUUAUGUGGUUCCCCUAAAAAAUUCAUUUUCAACUUUCCGUUUAGAUAAUCAGUCUUUAUACAGUUUCAAGCUUAAAUUUUUUUAAAAACUUUUUGGUUCGAGCCCUUCAACUUUGAAUCAAAAAAAUAAAAUAAAAAUAAAAAAACAAAAAAAGAUAAAGUUCAAGAUGAAAAACUUCUUAUAAGCGAAAUUCUGAAAUUCCAAUUUCUUUUUUUGAGUCACUUGGACCUCGGUGUCUCAAACUGGGCCUUUUUACUGAUACCUUAAGCGGUUUGAGUACCCUUAAGUGAUCACUUGAAGUUUUCGGAAGUUACCGAAGUUGACAGUUGACCAAAUUUAUCCAUCGAGCACACUUUCCCAUUUCAGAUAGUGACGUCAUCGGACGAAGAUGAGCCCCAAAGUCGAGUGAAACGCCUCGCCGUUCAUCCGUUCUAUUGGGAAACCAGGUCAUUUUUAAAAUUUUUUUUUUGAUAGCCCAAUGUGAAAUGGCUAAUUUUUGAAGAAUUUUGAGGAUUUUCUGGGAUACUUUCGAAAAAAAAAACAGGCAUUUUAGUAGAUUAAGAGCAUCAUUUGAUAAGUCAAGAAGUAGGAUGUGUGCAGAAGCGCAAGUAGUUUCUGGUCGGGUGCAUUGAAAAAAGGCUCCAUUAUUGAUUAGAACUGUGAAAGUAGAAAUGAGAGCAUUUUCUCAGAAAAAAGUUUUCCUAUACAAUUUUGAGCUAAAACUUCAUUGAAUCAACUAUCUCAAUAUCCAGAUUUUCUGGAAAAAAAAAACUCCGCAUUGGUCAUCUAUUCUCAGAGAUCAACAAAGCCUCAUUCAGAGGUCACUUAACGGCUUGAUUCAAUAAUAAAGCCGAAGGAGGAGAAAACUUGAAAUUGAAAAGACAUCGAGGUUGAGAGAAUGAAUAAGCGCCAAGGCAAAAAACGGGAAUUUGAAGAGGAUGACCCUCGAGCCAAUUUGGGAAAGCGGGUGGACCCGUUCUUCCAAGGAAUCCUUGUAAUCGUGAUAUUCAUUGUGUUAGCCGCCUUGUUUCGAGAAGAUCUCUAUAGUUAUGAAGGAAAAAAGAGUACUAUCAUGAGCAAUAAUGAGCAAUAAGUACGAUUAUCUUAGAUCCCCACAGCGAAAGAGUACAUUCCUCUUGAGCCCCCUUAGCAAUUUGGAAGCCUCUUUUCCAGGAAAGAGGAAGGCUAUCUUGGUUAGGGAUCAGUAGAACUUGAAAAAAUUAAAGAUCUUUAUAAGCUUGAAAGAAAAGAAAUUGACUAAUAUGAGCAAUAAUGAGCAAUAUUGAGCAAUGAAAAGCAAAAAAAUGAAAGUCUUAUCGUAGACACAAAAAAGCCCUGAAUGAGCUUUUGCUUGCGAAGUUCUUGAAGGCAAAAGUCAAAAAAAAAAUCUGGAAAUUCGCUAACCUGAGCAAGACUGAGAAAUAAUUGAAUCAAAGAGUCUCCCAAGUCGAAUAAAACUGUAAACAAUGAGCUGAGUGUCCGGGAAAACGUUGGAAAGCUUGAAAAUAUAUGAAAUAAAAAAGUCCCAGAAAAACAAGAGUUUUAUAACCUAAGCAAGACUGAGCAAUACAUUUUAACCAAACAGCCUCCGAAGUCUGAAAGAAUAGAAAAUAAUAAAAUGAAAAUAACUUUUGUUCACUUUUUUUCAAAAAAAAACCUAUUCAAGACUUUUUCCAAGACCUCACUCUUACGCGAAAGCCACGCUCCAUUUUUUGGUCUUCCAGGACUCAAAUCGGUAUUUUUAAGGUUAUGGCCAAACGGAGAAGUUCCCUAUCACAUCGCCUCGCACUACACGCAAACCGAACGCAACGUCAUCCUCUCGGCGAUGAAGGCGUUCCACAAGGAGACGUGCAUCAAGUUCCGACAGAGGACCAAGGCCGACAAGUACUACCUCAGCGUCAACAAGUACUACGAGCUCGAGAAGUCGGUUUUUGGAAUAUUCGAAAGCUUUUUCCUCAAAACAUAGAAACGCCAGAGUGGUCCUUGGAGAGGCACCUUUAGAUUCUUUUAAAGGCUCCCCUAUAGGGGUCACUUAAGCUUGCAAAAGUGGCUAGAACAUCAACUUUUUAAUAACUCAGGGUCUUUAGAGUGGUCACUUUAGGGGCAGCCAUAGGGGUCCUUGAAGGCUUCCCUCUAUUAAGUGGUCCCUAUAGGGGCAUCCUAGCCGGUUAUUGUUCAAACUCGAUAUUGUAUCUUUUUCUGAACUAAAGAUGAGAUUCUGAGCCCUUAUAGGACCACUGGAGUUGUACCCCUCUAGGGAGCACUAUUUCGUCCCCUAUAGGCUGUUUUUCUCCCAACCCCUUUAGGGGCCUCUUGGGCUUUACGGCUGAGUGGCGCCCUUAAGUUGAAGGGGGCUAAAGAUCAGGUUCUGAGCCGUUAUAUUACCAACGGAGUUUUACCCCUCUAGGGAGCACUAAUUUGUCCAUUUCUAGGUAUUUUUUUCCCUAACCCCUAUAGGGACCUCUUCAACUUGAGGGCUAAUGACUGAGACUCUUAACCCCUAUAGGGAUCACUUAAGGAGGGUAAAGAUUCGACUCUAAACCCUUAUAGGACCACCGGAGUUUUAACACUGUAGCGAGCACUAUUUCGUCCCCUAUAGGCUGUUUUUCCUUCUCACCCCUAUAGGGACCCCUUAAGCUUUAGGGCUAAUGACUGAGACCCGUAACCCCUAUAGGGAACACUUAAGUUUGAGGCUGCUAGAAAUCAGACUCUGAGCCUUAAUUGGAACAGCGGAGUUUCACCCCUCUAGUGAGCACUAACUUGUUCAUUUCCGGGCCUUUUUUCCCCUGACCCCUUUAGGGACCCCUUGAGUUUAAGGGUUUAGCUGUCAGACUCUUAAUCCCUAUAGGGAGCACUUAUUUCUUUAUAUCUAGGUCUUUUUUCCCCUUGACUCCUGGAGGGAUCACUCUAGAGCUCAUAGCAACGUUUGACAUGAAGUUUUUCAUAGUAAGAUUCAUAUUUUCCAGGUGUUUCUCGUAUAUUGGCCGCCAGACAGGUAAUCUGUUCAAAACGGCCGAAGGAGCCGUGGAAACGAGGAUGAAGCUCGCGCCACAGUGCCUGAUGUACAAUGGGAGAGGGACUGUCAUGCAUGAAUUGAUGCAUAUUCUCGGGUUCUACCACGAACAUCAGCGGUUCGUCGAUCAUCCGCAAAAAAAAAAGUCUGACCUCUCUGCGCCCUCUUUUCCAUCGCCGACAGAUUUUGAAGGACUGACAGAUCAGUGGGAACCCUUAAGGGUUCACUUAGAUCUGAAAUUUAACUUUCAAGAAAUGCAACUCUUUCAAAACUCUCGAGUUUUGUUUCAUUCUUCAAGUUAUUCAUCCACCGACUUUUGAAAAACCUCUGACCUGUCUGCGCUCUCUUUUCCAUCUUUCCCGAAGCCAUAACAAAAUGGAAAUAGCAUAUGAAUUUAAGAGAGCAACCCAAAAUAAGAGAAUCAGAAGAAAAUUAAAAGACUAAAAUAGCAGAGCCGUUAAUUUUGGGAACAACACUUUUAAAAUAUGUAAGCAUUUUUAAAAUUCGACUUUGAAACAGAAACAUGUUCUAGUUUUUUCUUUUUUUUUUCGUGACUUCUGCGGUGAAAACACGUGGGAAUCGGAUCUUUCCCGAAGAUUGAAAGUUUUUUUUUAAAAUACAAAGAUUUUUAAAUCCAUUGUUUCAUUGAGGAUUUUUACUACGAAGAUUGUAUUUUUCGUUAAAAAAAUUUUUUUUCCUCUUUUUUGGAUUCUCUGUUUCAAGGGACACAUAUAAUUAUAUAAACCUUCUUGACUGGAUUAUUCCUUCUUUGUUUUCAAUAACAUUUUAUAAUUUUCAAGAAAAAUAAUAAAAAAUAUGUUUGUUUUUGCAGGGACGAUCGUGACAAGCGUAUCGGCGGCAACAGCAAACACUACAAUUUCAAUAUUCGUUCCAGAAAGUUGGUUCCUUUUUUUUACUUAGAGACGUCCGAGUUGUCCCUAAAAGGGCGAAUUUCGAAGCUCUGAAGGUAUCCCUCAAGGGACCAUCUAAGCUCUAUAGUUUGCAGAAGUGGCCACUAUAGGGGAGUAUGGUAUAUGUCAUUAAACGUAUUAUUAACCCUCAAACGGCAAAAAUAAAUAUGAGAGAUCCCUAAACGGACCACUUGAGCAUUAGGGGCUUCCUAACCCCUCUAGGGAACGCUCUAGUGUUUCUAAGCUUAUGUAUAAAAAUUAUUCGGCUUCUUACGAAAUUUUAUUUUUCAAGCCAUUUUUCUUGGAGGACCUAGAAAAAAUGUUUUUUUUUUCUGGGGUCUCUCCAACUGGUGUUCUUUCUCUUCUAGCCCCUCUAACAUGAGCAAUACGUUCAGAAUCACCUACUACAUGGGAUCAUACGAUCCGGAAUCCAUCAUGCACUACAAUUUUCCGGGCGUUCCAAGCCGAAAAAGAGAUUAUUUCUCUCCGACUGAUAUCUUCCGGAUCAACGCUCUCUACAAGUGCCAUUUGGUAAGUUUUUAGUUUUUCCAAGUUGGCGCAGUGGCUAAAAGAGUGGUUUCUUGCUGGGAAGGUCAGAGGAUCGGAUCCCCGACCGGUUUUGGCUCUUUUGUCAGACUCAUAUUUUUUUUAAUUCAGAAAAGUUUAGUCAAAAGACGAUUUUUACGAGUUGGAGACUUUAAGAUUCAAAAAUUACUCGUGAAACUUCAAAAAAAAUUAUUUUUCGACUUGAAAAUCGCCUGAAACAGGAUAAUGAAGUUAUUCCUAAUUUUGGCGCAGUGGCUAAAAAGGCUAGUUGCUUGCUAGAGGGGUCUCGGGUUCGAAUCCUCAAGACGUUUAUCUCUUUUUUUGCUGAUUUUUUUCAAGUUCCUUCAAUUAUAUUUAAAAAUCGACAUCCUGUUAAAAACUAGAAUACAUUUUUUUACAUGAAACUUUUUCCAAAGUUUUUAUAGUGCUAAUUGAACCUAAAAGUGGCCUCUUUCAAAUUCUACUAAAUUUUUUUUUUCAAUAUAUGUUUUUUUUGGUGUGAAACCUACACAAAUAACGUUUUUUUCGAAUGGAAACAUUUCUGCAAAAAAACCAGAAAAAAAGUGCAAAAUGACCCAGGGGUGCGCAAAAGUGCACGCAGUUCACCGCAAUCAAGUAGCCUAAUGUGACCUUUUUUUGGAAGUUUUAUGGUCUAAUGUUGCUUGAUUAGGAAAGUUGAUGAUAAUGAGGGUUUUUGAAACAGAAUUUGAAGGCAAUGGGAUUCAACAUUGUUGGAAAAAACUUUUUUCGGUUUUUUUUAACGAAAACAAAUAUAAAAAAAAGUUUUUUCUUUUUCAAGUUUUUUCUCAAGUUCUUGAGAAAUAAUUCAAAAGCUCUGUGACCUGAAAAAGUGAAAAAAUAGAUCUUUGAAUAUUUAGAUUGAAAAACUGCUUUUUCAAACUGCACACAAAUCCUCAAUUUUCAUUCUGCAUUCGAAAUAAAUGGCUUUAAAAAAUCCAAAAGCCUCUUUUUUUCUACACAAAAAAACGUCCAAAUUUUGAAGUUUAUUGAUUAAAAAAACCAAAAAUCAAAAAAAAUUUUUUCACUACGUACGAUAAUAAUUUGGAAAGUUAGGCCGUGGUUCGAUUUGUAAAAUUCGACCUUCUCAAAAAAAUUAGAAAAAUUUUUUGAACAUUUUUCAUUGUUCUUAAGCUUUGAACGAUGAAAAAUAUAGUCUAACUUUUUGAGAAGGUCGAAUUUUACAAACUCGAACCAUGGCCUAACUUUCCAAAUGUUUAUCGUAAGUAGUAAUAAAAUGUUUUUUUGGUUUUUUUGUUUUUUUCUUAACCCCUAAAGCAUAAGUGGACCCUAUAGGGGUCUCUCAAUUUCAUUAAAAAAACGUUUAUUUAUUCAGUUUUAUGGAAAUGCUUCUUAAUGACUAGCAUGUCCCCUAUAGGGGCCACUCGCCAAAAACCCCUAUAGGGACCACUCUGGAUUCCCUGAUUUUUCUUCAAUGAAGUUCAUUACAGAAGGGCCGAAAACUGUCCUACCCAUCCCAGAUGAAAUCGACCGAGGAACUGACUUCGGAAGAACAAAAAGCCUUGGAUUUGAACGAGUUGCGCCGUCGGAGACGCAUCCGGAAGCUUUAA